AUGAUCGACUUCUCGAUAGUCUUCUCCUAUGCUCAUGCAAUCAUUGCGAUUCUCGGAAUGUCAUUCAAUUUCCUUCUAGCUUAUCUGGCUUUGUUCCGAACUCCUCGUGUUAUCAAAUCCUAUGCUACACUGAUUGUCAACUUCGCUAUCACUGAUUUCUGUGCGUGCAUGUUCGAUUUUUUCGUUCAACAAAGACUUAUUCCAACUGGGUUGACAUUGGCUUAUGUUUCAAAUGGUUACUGUAGUCAUUUCGGACCGAGAACUUGUUAUGUGGCAUACAGCCUGAUGCUCCAUUUCCUGUCUCACUCCCUUUGGUCCCUUCUCCUCUCCUUUUCCUAUCGAUGCUACAUUCUUUACAAACCUGCUCCAACUCGAAAAAUUCUUAUUCUGAUUCUACUUCUCAUCUACACCCCAUCCCUAUUUCAAUGGGUCUCAUUUCUGUGGGCUCAAGACGAUCCAGAAGAAAUUAGAAGUAUCCUUUACACGGCAUUCCCAUUGUACAACUUGGCUGGUCAUACUGUAACCGGAACCAAAAAUAUCCUUUGCUUUUCUGCUUUGUAUACAAUUCUACACAUGACUAUUCCGAUUACUCCAGUGUAUAUUUGUAUCUUGAUUUUGAGGAGAAAAAUAAUAGCAAGGUUGAGUUACAAAGGAGUCAAUAUUACAAAAGAUACGAAGAACUUGCAUUCUCAAUUGUUGAUGGCUCUCACCUAUCAAGCCGUGAUUCCUGGUUUCUACCUCUUUAGUGUUGCUUCCUACGCCAUCGGACAAUUCGGAAUCUACAAUCACCCUGCUCUCGAAUAUUUCACAUUCUCGUCUUUUCUCUUUAUUCCAUUUUUAUCCCCAUUGGCGUCUUUCAUUUUUGUAACUCCCUAUCGUAAAUUUAUUAAACAUUGUUUCUUGAAACUGGCUCAUGUUGAGCCAGCAGAAAUAUCAUCGACCCAUCAUAAUUAUACCAGUCAUAUUCAUGUUCUCGGAUGA